AUGGAUAAAGGAGCUGCUGCUAGACACGAGCAACACGGAUUCACUUUGCACAAAUCUGCGUUUCGGGAUGCCCUGUGCCUCAGAUACGGUUGGCACCCGUCCAACCUCCCAGACAUAUGUCCAUGUGGAUCUAAAUUCUCAGUAGAUCACUCUCUGUCAUGUCCAACAGGAGGAUACCCCAGCAUCCGCCAUAACGAGGUCCGCGAUUUAUUUACCAACUUGUUGACAGAGGUUUGCCACGAUGUACACAAAGAGCCCGUUCUGCAACCUCUCAACGGCGAGGUGUUUCAAAAACGCUGUACUACCUCUGACGAAAAUGCCAGACUUGAUAUUGCUGUCAGUGGAUUUUGGGGUGGGCACUUCCAACGAACUUUCUUUGACGUCAGGGUCUUCAACCCUAAUGCCUCAUCCUACAAAUCAGUGCAGAUCCCGUCAUUAUAUAAACGGCAGGAACAAGAGAAGAAAAGGCGAUACGAGGAACGAAUUAAUAACGUGGAGCUUUCAUCGUUCACGCCAAUCAUUUUAGCAUGCACUGGAGGAUGCAGUAAACUGACGUCUAUUUUUUUGAAAAGACUAGCCUCACUUUUAUCGGAAAAGCACCACACCGAGUACAGCACAACUAUCAACUGGCUGAGAUGUCGACUGUCAUUUGCACUCCUUCGGGCCUGCGUGAUGUGUUUGCGAGGAUGCAGGUCCAAGCUUCACAGAACCUCAAGGGACUUCAACAUUCUGCUGGAAGCAGCAGAAAGUAGAUUAUAGAAGACUGUUUAUCUCAAAGUUGUUACAACCUAGAAACUUGUUGCUAUAGAGGAAGCUUUUACAUACAGUAGUAGUAUUUUGAAAAAAGUAGUAGAGAUUUUAUUAUUAUUAUUAGUAGUAGUAGUAGUAGUGUGUUAGCAGAUGCCGUUUGAUUGUUCAAAUACA